UUGUUCUGUUUCAGGUCAUUUCCGCAAAACUACUGGGAUAAGUUUGUGAAGAAGAAAGUGAAGGACAAGUUCAAGGACCAGUUUGAUGAGAACGACUUGAACAGAAUCCUCGGCCUGGACAAAACUGAUGUAGAUCUGUCGGAAUCUGGCAUUCGCAGCGUCGAUUGGCGAUACAACUGCUGGAAAGUCGGUGUCAUUGUGACAGAUGGGGUUUGGACUGCUAUUGUCGGUGGAAUUUUAACCGUUAUGAUGGUGCUUGUGGUGGUUUACUUCUACACCGUCUUGGCUUUCAACUUCUUCCGGAAAUCGUACGUGCUCGAAGACGAAGAAGAGGGCGAUUCGAAAUGUAACAACAUGAUAUCGUGCUUUGUAUUCAACGUAUACGCGGGAAUCAGGGCAGGUGGAGGCAUCGGUGACGAGCUUCAGUCUCCAUACGGCGAUGAAGGCGAAGCGUGGAGGAUCCUCUUCGAUAUGACCUUUCACUUUUCUAUUAUCAUUAUCCUGCUGGCCAUUAUGCAAGGUUUGAUCAUCGACGCCUUUGGCGAGUUGAGAGAUCAGCAAGAGUCAGCACAGGACAAACUGGAGUCAAACUGUUUCAUUUGCGACAUUGGCAAGGACUUCUUUGAGCGACUGCCUCGUGGAUUCGAACAGCACACUGAGAAAGAACACAAUCUGGCGAACUAUCUAUUUUUCCUCAUGCAUCUCAUAAACAAGGACGAAACCGAGUACACGGGCCAAGAAUCAUACGUCUAUGAGUUUUACGAGAAACGCUGUUGGGAUUUCUUCCCAGUUGGCGAGUGUUUCCUGAAGCAGUACGAGGACCAGCUGAUGGUCACGUGA